AUGAUCAAAAUGAGUCUGAUAAAAAUAAUACUGAUAAAGAAAUGAAAUCUUUAUUAAUAUUUGGUCAAGAUUAUAGUAGUGGAUCAAGAAGUUAUAGUGGUAGAUCAAAAGAUUAUAGUAGUAAAUCAAAAGAUCACAGUAGUAAAUCAAAAAAUCACAAUGGUAGAUUAAGAGGUUAUGAUAGUAGAUCAAAAGAUUACAGUAAUAGAUCAAGCAGUUGUAGUGAUGAAUCGAGAG